AUGAGGAUUUAUCAAUGUCAUUUUUGUUCAUCACCCGUAUAUCCAUUACAUGGGAUCACAUUUGUGAGAAAUGAUGCCAAAGAAUUCCGUUUCUGUCGUUCGAAAUGUCAUAAAGCAUUUAAGCAACGUAGAAACCCAAGAAAAUUACGUUGGACUAAAGCAUUUAGAAAAGCUGCUGGUAAAGAAUUGGUGGUUGAUUCAACAUUAACAUUUGCUGCCAGAAGAAAUGUUCCAGUUAGAUAUAAUAGAGAUUUAGUUGCCACUACUUUGAAAGGUAUGAGCAGAAUCGAAGAGAUUAGACAAAGAAGAGAAAGAGCAUUCUAUAAGAAUAGAAUGAAGGGUAAUAAAGAAAGACAAUUGGCUGCUGAUAGAAAAUUAGUUGCUGAUAAUCCAGAAUUAUUAAGAUUAAGAGAAGUGGAAUUAAGAAGAAAAGCCGAGAAAUUAGCUGCUAAAGAAAAUGCCAUGGAAGAAGACGAAGAAAUAGAGGCUGAAGAAGAUGAAGAAAUGAUAAGUGAAGAUGAAGAAAUGGAAAGUGAAGAUGAAAGUGAAAGUGAAAGUGAAAGUGAACAAAAACGUGUUAAACAAAAAGUUAUUUUGAAAAACAAAAGAAAAUCAAGAAAUUAG